UCUAAAGCCAAAACCCUCGCCUAUAUAUAUCCAGUUGUCCACCGCCACCGAAUCCCUCUCUCGUUAGCUCUCUGCCCUCCUCCUCCUUGAAUCCCUGAUAAUCCCGGACGAUCCGUCAGCCUCUGCAAUCAUGUUGGUUUACCAAGACCUCCUCAGCGGUGAUGAGCUUCUCUCGGACUCGUUUCCAUACAGAGAGAUCCAGAAUGGAGCAUUGUGGGAAGUUGACGGAAAGUGGGUUGUCCAAGGAGCAGUUGAUGUAGACAUCGGCGCAAAUCCUUCUGCUGAAGGUGCUGAUGCUGAUGAGGGUGUUGAUGACCAAACUGUUAAGGUGGUUGACAUUGUUGACACAUUUAGACUUCAGGAGCAACCUCCUUUUGAUAAGAAGCAGUUUGUGACAUGGGUGAAGAGGUACAUCAAAUUGUUGACCCAAAAGCUUGAGGGAGAGCAGCAGGAGGCAUUUAAGAAGAGCAUUGAGGGAGCAACCAAGUUUCUGCUUUCCAAGCUCAGUGACCUCCAAUUCUUCGUGGGGGAGAGCAUGGGUGAUGAUUCAUCUUUGGUCUUUGCCUACUACAAGGAGGGUGCCACCGACCCGACCUUUAUCUACUUCUCCCAUGGUUUGAAGGAGGUCAAGUGCUAAGAAGUGUCACUGCUGGAUUCAAGCAGUGUGAUUGGUGUAAUAUUAGAGUCUAUAUCGCUUUUUUGGAUCACGAGUCUACUUUUGAUUGUUGUUUUGUUUCAAGGAUGUUCUGAAUUGGCUUUGAGCCGUCUAUCUCUAUAUUUCGAUCAAAUUUCUAAUUUAUUGAGUUA